AUGAGAACUCCAUUUAAGCAUGUCAAAAAGAAAAACAAUCUCUUUGAAUGUCUUCCUGAUGAUCUAGUAGUCUUCAUUCUCUCUAAACUCAGCUCCACCGCUUCCUCGCCUUCGGAAUUCAUAAACACCGUCCUAACAUGCAAGAGAUUAAACCAGUUAGGCCUGCAUCGUCUGGUGUUAUCCAAAGCUGGGCCUAAAGUGUUCGCUGUAAAGCCCAAAAAUUGGUCGGAAAAGGCUCACGCUUUCCUUCGACACUGCGUUAGCGCCGGCAACGUUGAUGCCUGUUACACUCUCGGAAUGAUCCGAUUCUACUGUCUGGGAAACAGAGGAAGCGGACUUUCGUUGAUGGCGAAGGCGGCUAUGAAGCUGCACGCGCCGGCUCUGUACUCGCUGGCGGUGGUACAGUUCAAUGGCAGCGGCGGGUCCAAGCACGAUAAAGAUCUACGCGCGGGAGUGGCUUUGUCGGCGCGUGCAUCGCUGCUCGGCCACAUCGACGCGCUGCGGGAGUUGGGUCAUUGUCUCCAGGACGGUUACGGCGUGCGGCAGAACGUUGCUGAGGGGAGGCGGAUGCUGGUGCAGGCCAACGUGCGAGAGCUGGCUUAUGUGUUACGCGAGGUGACUCCUUCUGCUUCCGAUUCUCUGUUGCUGACGUGGCGAACAAUGACGUGUCAAAGAGAUAUCACAGCGUGUCCUCUGUUGAGUGAGUACGGAUACAGGGUUCCGGUACCGGAAGUGCAACCGGUGAAUUGUUUUAUGAGGGAGUGGUUUGAAUCCGGUAAAGGGAAAUUGGAGAAAGGAUUGAGACUGUGCUCGCACAUUGGAUGUGGUCGACCGGAAACCCGCCCGCACGAGUUUCGCCGGUGCUCGGUUUGCGGGAAAGUUAAUUAUUGCUCACGUGGAUGUCAAGCUAUGGAUUGGAAGUUAAAGCAUAAGAUGGAGUGUUCACCCACUGAACCGUAUGGUGUAGACCUAGAAAACGAGUUUGUGAUACCAAACGAUGCCGUUUGA